AUGGGAACUUUUGCCGCCCUCCGUUCUAUGUUGAACUGUUUGCUUUCGCGACGACCUUUUUUCAUCAUUUCUAUGUUGCUGCUUGUUACGUCCCAUCACGCUAUCGCCUACGGAGUAAAGUAUCAUUGUCGGAAAGUUGGAGCAGAGGAGAUCAUCGACGAACGGGGUUGUGAACUUAUGAUUUUGAGAGUGAACCGAUGCAGUGGGCACUGCCUUUCUUUCAGCUUUCCAAACCCCAUUACAGGAAGGACCUCUGUACAUGCUAAAUGUUGUCGAAUGACAGAUACGGAAUGGGUGAACACCGAGUUACAAUGCGAAGAUGGGCCCCGUCCGAUCAAGAUACCGAGCGCGGUGCAGUGCGAAUGUUUCGACUGUGCAAUACAUUAA